AUUGGAGCCCUCAAUACAAAUGCUUGGGCCCUGAAGCUGGCCGCAUUCUUCCACCCAUUCCUCUCCUGCUCCUCUCGCUUGCGUCUGCUCCUCGAUCUCCCCCACAAAUUCUUCAUAAGCUUUCGGCUCCUCGCUCGAACCCUAGUCUCCUGAUCCUCUGCACACCGCCGUCGCCCCGAUUCACGAAUUCUUCUCUCCUUGCACUUGCCUCAGCGGGAAGAGCCUUGUCUAACAGAGUCAGUGGUCGAUACUUAAUUUCUUUUACUUGCUGGAUGCUGGUUGAUGGUGUCAUGGAGAAAACGACGAUCAGGUUUUGUUGUUUAUAUUGUUAUAUUGGCUGAAGAUCAGAAAGGGGUCUUAUGAAAUUUGCAGCUGCCGUUUAUUUCUUGUGGAUAUUGUGAGCAUUCCGCUUCGGUGUACUUCUUUGCUGAGAACGUCUCUAGGGUUCAAUUUUUUGCAUUUGAAGAGAGAGAAGCAUUUGAGACGUCAUUUGUUAUCAACUGAACGUAGCUUCACAUGGGUGAUCAUGGAGUUUGGCCACAGCUAAAUGGCCUACUUCCAAAUGGUCUUUUGCCUGAAGAAAUGACCAAUGCAGCCCAAAUGCGUGAUGCAGAUAGAUGGCUUAAGGCAGAGGUGCAAACUGCUGAGUUGAUUGCACGAAUUCAGCCCAAUCCCUCAUCUGAGGAGCGCCGAAAUGCUGUGGCCAAUUAUGUCCAGCGUCUGAUUACAGACUGCCUCUCCUGCCCGGUUUUUACGUUUGGGUCAGUUCCUCUCAAGACCUAUUUACCUGAUGGAGACAUAGACCUUACUGCAUUCAGUGAUAAUGAGAAUAUAAAAGAUACGUGGGCUGCUACAGUAUGUGCUGUAUUAGAGAGGGAAGAGAAAAAUGAAAAUGCUGAGUUCCGAGUAAAAGAAGUUAAAUAUAUUCAAGCAGAGGUGUGAAAUUUGUUUCUUUUU